GAAGGGCAAAGUCCAUGAGUGUCCAGGUAUUUGUAGUCAUGCCACGCUGGCGGUGUGGGUGGGUUCUGCCCUGGGCCAUACUGCUGCUUCUCUUAGGUUCUGAGUUCCUGGAGGAAGUAGAGAGUGAGGGUGAAAAACCUAUGGUGAGCUACUUGCUUGCAACUGUGGAGUACGCCAUACACAUAUUCAAUCUGCAGAGCCACGAUACGAAUGCCUACAGGCUGGUGCACAUCGUGAAGUCCAGGAGAGAGCAGUUCAAGGACAGCACAUUGGCGUUCUCUUUUGAGCUUCAGCUUAGAAGAACAAGAUGCAGGAAAUUUGAUGAAGACAUUGACAACUGUCCCUUUCAAGCAAGUUCAGAGAAGAACAAUAUCAUCACCUGCUUUUUUACCAUCGCCAGUGAGCCCUGGUUAACACUGUUUGAACUCUGGAAUAAGACCUGCUUGGAUGGCUUUCACUAAUAAGACCACAGCCCACCUGGCUCUGGCUGCUCUCUUCUGGGACACCAGUGAUGUCCUGUACAUGGCCUUUCAGCAGGUCCAAGUUUUGUUCUCUUUAUUUUGCAAA